AUGUGCCGUACUAUCCAGGUGACUGUUCGGGUUUCGGAGGCGGUGUUUGCCGGCAACGACGUAUCCUCAAACUUCGAUUUCUUUGAGGAUCAAUCCGAAAAGGGACAUCUGAGGUCUAGUAACCAGGACUACUUCCGCAGCGGUUUUGAUCGUGGCCACAUGGCCGCGGCGGGGAACCACAAGUUUGACGUAGAGGCUAUGCAGAAGUCCUUCAUCUUGAGCAACAUUGCUCCUCAGGUUGGGGUCGGGUUCAAUCGUGGCGUUUGGUCGGACCUGGAAAAGUAUGUGAGAGCCAUGGCUCGUCGGAGUGUCAAUGUAGUUGUCCUCACGGGUCCCCUCUUUCUUCCUUCGCCCGAUCGUAAUUCUGUCAACCGUCGCCAAGUUACCUACGAAGUGAUUGGUCCAAAUGCCGUGGCGGUACCCACUCACUUUUUCAAGGCGGCUGCCGUUCAACAGUUUCCCGGGGGUCCCUGGAAAACUUAUGCUUGGGUACUACCAAACAAAGAACUGCCCGAAGGCACCCGCCUUAGUACUUUUAUCGUACCUCUGAAGGACCUGGAACGUGCUGCCGGCCUCGAAAUCUUCCCCAAUCUCUAUAAGUCCUGA